CUGUACAAAAUUACCGACAACAAAACGCUGCAUUUCAUCUCGCCCAACCCUGAAAGCGACGAGAACGACCCGGACGAGAUCCCGUUUGUCCAAGCCGUCAGUGCGCGAGCUGACACUGAAAGUUCAAGGAAAUCGGCAAGCUGGGCAUUCCAUUCGCAGCGCGGCACUUUCCAAACCUCGAGAAGCUGACGCUCAACACAUUCCCGGACGUCGGCCACCCGUCGCUCGAGAACACGCUCUACGGGUGCAUGUUCCUGGAGCGCUGGGAAAACCUGUCGCGGCUGCAGUUGGCGCACAUCAACGACACGCUGGUGCAGCUUCUGGCCAACAGCUGCCCGCAGCUAAGCGAGCUGGUCGUGUUCAAUGCAGCAACGCACGAUGAGCUGAUGAGCAAGAACUCGUUUGACAUCCACCGCAACCUGAUCGCGCUGCCGAACAUGAUGGCGAUGCGGUUCACGCCAAAGAGCCUGCACUAUCUGCUGACAAAGUUCCCGCAUCUGCGCGUGCUGGACCUGAACUACCCACUGUACGUCGACCCGAACACGCGCCAGCAGGACAUUGAUUUUUCGUUCUCGACUUCGCUGCUCAAAGCCGUUGGGCCGAAUAACCCUCGGUUCCCGCGCUACCUGCGCUACCUGAGCAUUCCGUUCAUUCCCCUGACCGCCAGCGGCAUCACCGGCAUUUUGUCGGCGUUCCAGAGCCUGUCAACCUUGGAAGUCCGGCUGGCGGCAGGUUCGCGGCCCAUAUCGUCGCGCAGAAGGCUCCUGUCCAAUGUCAGCAAGCGCGUCAAGGAGGCGAUGGCUGGCGAUCAGCCACUAGACAGCCACCGCAGGCCGGCUGAGCUCAGCGUCCUGUGGGUGUGGUCUGACUGGACAUCGGCCUCCAGCACACUGGGCCCAGUGCUGGAUUUGUUUGCACACUCGCGGCGGCUUCCUCGCGUGUACCUGCCAUACGUUUCGGGAAUGGUAUCGCAAUCUGAACUCGACAGCAGGCUGAUUGUGCAGUAUAUGCAGAAGGAGAUGCCCAAUGUCAAGAUUCACCGCUUCGAGUACAAUAUUACCGAUUUUUAUAUCUAAGUUAUCACCAUGUUAUUAUUGUUCCUUAAUACCACUACCCUUUUGCAAGCAGCUUUAAUAGCCAGUCU